AGGAGGAUAUUUUGGUGAUGAAUGUGGAUUUUGGAGCGGGGGUCGACGCGAUGACGAGGCCGAGGAGGAACGCAUCCGCCGCGCUACGUGACCUGAGGUGAAGCGAGGAAACAUGACAGAAGAAGAAACGCACCCAAACGACGACAGCUACAUCGUGCGUGUGAAAGCGGUGGUGAUGACGCGGGACGACUCGAGCGGAGGCUGGCUGGCCCAGGACGGGGGCGCCCUCACUAGGGUGGGGGUGUGCCGUCUGCGGCCGCCCGACUCGCCCCACUUGCCGCCCUCCGGCAUCUCCCAGUUCCUCAUCCGUGGCGAGCGGCUACGGGACAAACAGGUGAUCCUGGACUGCCCGCUCAGGAAGGACUUGGUGUACACCAUUGCCACGCCCACUUUUCACCACUGGAAGGUGGAGGAGCGGAGGUGCGGCCUGUCCUUCCAGAGUCCCGCCGACGCCAGGGCCUUCGACAGGGGGGUGCGCAAGGCCGUCGAGGACCUGGCGGAAGGUUCCACAACCUCCUCUCCGGCACUCCAGAACGAGGGCGAGCUGGGAGACGACGACGUCUUCACCAAUGCCACCGACAGCUCAUCCAACUCCUCCUCCCAGAAGCUGGAGAGCUGCCUGCCGCCGCCGGAAUCCUCACCACUCCCGGAGCGCCACAGGUGCGUGCCGGGAUAUCGCUCCAACCUCCGCGACCCGUACCGGCUCUCGGACCACUACACGUUGGACCAGCCUCCGUCCCGGCUUCCUCACGUCACUUUUCAGGAGGAUGAGGAAAUUGUGCGCAUCAACCCACGCGAGCGCAUUUGGGAGCGGGCGAGCGAGCGCCUCCACGGUCGACCGUCGGAGCGCUCCUGGCUCACGGGCUACGAGGACUACCGCCACGCCACCGUGCGCGACAAGUUCAUCCAGACCGACGAAAGCGAAUCCUACGUCCAUUUCGCCAAGACCGAGGCGCAGAAGCACGAGUACACGUACCCGCUGGCGCCCGUCCUCUCACCCUCGGACUCUGACCCGGCUCUCGGACCCUUCGGCGGGAAGGGCCGCCGCGGCUUCUCGGCGGUCUCCGCCCAGCCUCGAUCCUUCCUGCCCAGCUCUUCCGUGUCUGCCAACGGCGGCAAGAGCCGCAAGGAGGGCGGUCUGGAUCGGGCGCACUGCGAGCACUGCGGCGAGGCCUUCCUGCUGGCGGAGAACAGGCGGGGCCGGUGCCAGGACGCGCCGGACCCCGUGCGGGGCUGCGUUAGGCGGGUCAGCUGCAUGUGGCUAGCGGACACCAUGCUCUACCACUGCAUGUCCGACCCGGAGGGGGACUACUCGGAUCCGUGCACCUGCGACGGGGGCGAGGGGGGCCGGCUGGGCACGCGCUGGCUGGCCCUGCUGGGCUUGUCCCUGGUGGCGCCCUGCCUCUGCCUGUACCCGCCCCUGAACGCGUGCCACCGGGCCGGCCUGGCGUGCGGCUGCUGCGGGGGCCGACACAAGGCCCUCAGCUGAGGGGACGUUGGGGGGACAACGGAACCCGACGCGAGCACGGGGAAAGACAGCAGAACCGCGGAGGUUCCUGGAACUGAAAUAAGCCCCAAAAAAAAAAAAAAAAAAAAAAAAAAGACAGACUGGUGCAUUUUCUAAGCGGCCUGGGAAGAUAAGCUCCCCCUACAGGCAGACCCGUGUCUCGUCUCUCCAUCCCGCCAUUUUAGUGCUCCGUUUUUGGGCGAGAGAAAGCACUCUUUUCAGGGGGCCUUUUAUUUUGAACAUAAAUGUAUCACAUAAUGCAGGUACUUUAUAUUUUGUACACUGACUUUGGCAUAAGACAACUUGAAUUCCCGCAACGACAAGGACCAGGCCCUGCAGCAAUAAGCUAAAAUCCACAAGUAAAUGACGUACCCUUAAAAAGACUUUGACUGCUAUUCUAUUAGACAGGGUCAUGGCUAGGAUACAUGAAGCUCCUCCCCUUACUUCAACAUAGCUCCUUGGCAACAAAGCAAUCAUUUUGUACAAGACGGGGCUUUGGCCGGAGCACAAAAACAGCAAAUGUGAGUUUUUACAGAGGAUAGAUUCCAAAAAAAUAAUAAUUUGCUCUA